AUGGAUUUAAAUUCAUCCACCCCUUAUGAAGAAUUAGCAGGAGUAUAUAAUACAUACGUAGAUGAUAUGAUUAAUGAAGCAUUGAGUGAUAAUAGAAAUGCUCUAUCUAAGGAAAAAUUAAUGAAAAUUCCAUAUUCUGAAUGUUACUUAAAUUCAAUCACUGCAGCAAUUGGUAAACAAAAUAAAGGUAAAACAUUAACGAUAUUAAAACAAAUUAUCAUUAUUGCUAACACUUCACCCCAUUCACAUGUGUUAAUUUAUAUCAACCGUUCAGGUUCACCUUCAGAUGAUACAUUUGAAUCUUUAAAGCAUUUAAUCAAAAUUCCAAUUA